UGAGUUGCAGCAAUAAGUAUCAGAUGGUGGUGUAAACAGAGCGGUCCAGUGACUCAGCACACAACUUGUCUCGUACACACCCGGGUCCUCUGACUCAAUUUUUGUCAUCUAGGUUUACUUAUCAGCGUUUAAGUUCACGAUGGCUGCCAACUUCAAGGUAUUAAGUGAAGACAGUCAGUUCCAGGUGGAAUUGACUCAGGCAGGCGGCAAGCUAGUGGUGACCGACUUCACAUCAGCGAGAUGUGGGCCAUGUCAACGUAUUGCUCCAGUAUUCGAGGAGAUGGCACGCAGAUUUCCUAAUGCAAUCUUCCUCAAAAUUGAUGUCAACCAGUGCCCCACAACCUCAGCCUCCCAAGGAGUAACAGCUGCCCCAACAUUCAUAUUCUUCAGAAACAAGACAAAGCUGGAUAGCCUGCAGGGAGCAGAUCCUGAAGGGCUGGAGGCACGGAUCCGGCAGCACUAUGGUGAUGGGGAAGGGGAAGAGGUGGAAGAUUCUGGGGUGCCUGGACAUAUUGAUCUGAUGCCAAUGAUCAACAAGGCAGGAUGCGAGUGCCUCAAUGAGAGUGAUGACCAUCCAUUUACCCAGGCACUCUCAUCCUCUGGUGGCUACAUGGAGUCUGACACAGAUGAGCAGCUUAUAUUAUACCUGUCAUUUAGUCAAGCUGUCAAAUUGCACAGUAUGAGGAUCAAGGGCCCAAGUGAGAAUGGACCCAAGACACUGAAGCUUUUCAUCAACCAGCCACACACAAUUGACUUUGACACAGCUGAGUCUGCCAACCCUGUGCAGGAGUUGACUCUGGCUCCCAAGGACCUGGAUGGGGAGCUGAUACCACUCAAGUUUGUCAAGCUGCAGAAUGUGAUGAAUCUCACUAUAUUCUUCAAGGACAACCAGACUGGGGAAGAAACCACCCAGGUCAGCUACCUUCAGAUCAUUGGAUCUCCUGUCCAGACUACCAAAAUGUCAGACUUCAAGAGAGUCACCGGCAAAAAGGGAGAGAGUCAUUGAUCACAGAGGAAACUUAACUUUAGUCUUUUGUUUCCUUAAAGACUUAAUUCUGCUAAACUUGUAUUUUCAAUUACCUCAAGUUACCUUGCAUUUUGUUAAGUCCUUUUCCUUUACAGUGAACUCUACCUUCUGUUAAUACUAAGCUGCAUAGUGCAAAGUACAACAUAUUUAGGCCUUCAGAAUAAGCAGAUGACUAUUACCAACAUUUAAUUUUCUUAGAUAUAUGCUGACAUAGUUAAGCAUUAUUAAAAGUGCUAAAAAUAUACUCGUAAAGACUGAUUUUUGGCCCAGCACCUUUGUGGCCCAAGCAGCUGUGUUGUGAUAUGCUGUGUCAGGAAUCAGGAUAGCUAUAUCUCAAUGGAUGGGUCUUUCACUAGUCUCCGAGGAGUGGAGCUGCAAUUUAACUCACCGUAUCGCCUUUGGCAAAUAUCUUAAUGCUGCUUCACAACCAUCUUUGCACUAUUUCUUGUCAUCAGCCAUUUUAUAAGUGGGUGAACAGAUAUUUUUUUAGUCUCAGGAGUGAGUCUAGUAAGUCUGGUUGGUAAACAAUUACCUUAAACAAACUAAUUUGUGUGCAUAUGUCAAACAAUUUUCUUGCUUUGGUGGUUGUUUUCCUCUUUAGUAGCUUGAUUAUAAUUAAACUGAAACAGAAAGGUAAUAUUUUGUUUUGUAAGCAGAUUUACCUAUAAUGUCUUGUUGCAUAUAAAAGAAUAAAAUCUAAAUCUUG